CCCUCUCCCUUAUCCGACCCCCACAGCGAAGAUCUCUCUCUCUCUCCUCUGUAAAAAUGGCUUCUUUGGUCCAGCAGUUCUCGGGUCUCAGGUGCCCGCCUCUGUCCUCCUCUCAUCUGUUGAAACCCACCUCCUCUUCAAAGUCCAGAAGAGCCUCCUUCUCAACCACAAUCGUCUCUGCAGUUGCCAUCUCCAAUGCCCAGACCCGAGAGCGCCAGAAGCUCAAGGAUAUGUUCGAAGAAGCCUACGAGCGCUGCCGCACCGCCCCCAUGGAAGGCGUCUCCUUCACUGUCGAGGAUUUCCACUCCGCCAUCGAAAAGUACGACUUCGAUUCCGAAAUUGGAACCAAGGUCAAAGGAACAGUCUUUAAUACAGAUAUGAACGGAGCACUGGUUGACAUUACAGCAAAGUCUUCUGCAUUCUUACCCGUCCAGGAAGCAUGCAUUCAUAAAAUUAAGCAUGUACAAGAAGUAGGGAUAGUUCCGGGUUUCCAAGAAGAGUUUGUAAUUAUUGGCGAAAACGAAGCUGAUGAUAGCUUGAUUUUGAGCCUGCGGUCAAUCCAGUAUGACCUUGCAUGGGAAAGGUGUAGACAGCUCCAGGCUGAGGAUGUUGUCGUCAAGGGCAAGGUUGUCGGGGCAAACAAAGGAGGAGUGGUGGCCAUUGUGGAGGGACUUCGUGGGUUUGUUCCGUUUUCACAGAUAUCAACGAAAUCGACUGCAGAAGAACUCCUCGAUAAGGAGUUCCCACUGAAAUUUGUAGAGGUCAAUGAAGAAAACUCUAGGCUUGUUCUUAGUAACCGCAAGGCCAUGGCAGACAGUCAAGCUCAGCUUGGAAUUGGGUCAGUUGUCACCGGAACCGUUCAGAGCCUUAAACCAUAUGGUGCCUUUAUUGACAUUGGCGGAAUCAAUGGCCUACUCCAUGUUAGCCAGAUUAGCCACGAUCGUGUUGCCGACAUCGGGACUGUCCUACAGCCUGGUGACACUCUCAAGGUGAUGAUACUGAGCCAUGAUCGCGAGAGAGGCCGUGUGAGUCUCUCUACCAAGAAACUAGAGCCCACGCCGGGUGAUAUGAUCCGGAACCCAAAGCUUGUGUUUGAGAAGGCGGACGAGAUGGCUCAGACUUUCAGGCAGAGAAUAGCUCAAGCGGAAGCAAUGGCCCGUGCUGACAUGCUGAGAUUUCAGCCAGAGAGCGGAUUGACUCUCAGCUCAGAGGGUAUCUUAGGUCCACUUACACAGGACCUGCCUGCCGAUGGUCUAGAUUUAAGUGAUGUCCCUGCAGCUGAAGACACGUAAACAUAACAUAUGCUGUCAAGGUAUAUUAGAUUGGUUCUUGUAAUUUAGUUCUCUUGCAUGCAAAGGAAGCCUGUGAAGGUGUUACAUAGAUUGGUUUC